CUUGAUUUGACCGCUUCUGAAAAUUUUCACGAAUUGUCGGUGUGACGCACCAAUCAUCUUGCGACAGUUUGACCUUCAAGUGCUCGCAACCUCCAACGGUGGACGAUACCCCUGAAGCGUUCACUUUUUGCCGUGCCUUUUACCGUCCCAUUGACAGCUCAGAAAUAUUCAAGAUAUUCAACCAUCUUGAUGUUUCAUGAUCAAGUAGGCAUUUUCAGCUGAUCUCUCCCAAUUCUUCACUUAAAAUAUUAUGCACUCAAGGUUCGCUAUUUAUUGGAGAAACCAAGGAAUAUUUUUACAACAUCGUUUAUGUUUCUAUUCGUCUAAUCAUCCCAAGCAAUCACCAACUUACAACGAGGUUAACAUAUUGAUGAUCGAUCGGAAUUUUCAGAAGGUCCUCUUUGAUUGUCAAAAUACGACUAUCAAAAGGCUUCAUUUGAAAUACUCCAAGAGUUCUGUCGCCUGGGAAUUGACAUUACAUCUAGUAGACACUGCAAAAACCCGCUUUAUUUUAGUAUUCCUGAUCUUAGUGGAAGCAAUGUUAAAGAACAUUUAGACUCAGUUGCAAAAGAGCUUUCUCAUCCUUAUAUGAAAUUGUUAGAGAGUUUUGGUUCCCCACCAGAACUACCUAAGGUUUGGGAAUCCUCGUCUGGAUGGACAAAAUAUAGAGGUGACAAAACAUAUUCAGUCGAGGCACCACUUGAGGAUGCUCUUAUUUUUGAUACAGAAGUUCUCGUUAAAGAAGGUCACGUACCAACAAUGGCAGUGGCUCUUACGUCAGACGGGUGGUAUUCUUGGACUUCAGAACGUCUUUCUGUUUACGAUGAUAAUUGCUUAAACGAUAUCAACGCAUUUAAUUCUCUUAUUCCUAUCUAUGGUUCAAAAAAUAAAGAUAUUUCAAAGUGUGUUAUUGGACACUUUGUUAGUUAUGAUCGUGCUAGAAUAUUGGAAGAGUAUCUUCUGGAUGGAACUGGACUUCGAUUUGUGGAUACUCUUUCUCUUCAUGUUGCUGUAUCGGGUUUGACCAGUACUCAAAGGUUCCUUAAAACAUCUGCAGACAAACACCUAUUUAACAACAAGACGUGGCAAGAGUUUAUUGGAAGGAAGAAUGAUAGACAACCACUAGAUAGAAAGCCUAAUACAGAAGCUCUUGUUAUGGAUCUCGAUUGGCUUUCAGAAACUAGUUUAAACAGUUUACCUGAUAUUUAUCGUUUGUAUUGUAAAAAAGAACCACCACAAGACAAACAAUUGAGAUCAAUUUUCGAAUCUGGAACUAUUGAAGAUGUUCGUACAAAUUUUCAGGAAUUGUUCAAAUACUGUGCUGUGGAUGUACUGAUGACGUAUGAAAUAAUACAAGUUUUGUGGCCUAUAUUUAAAGAAAGAUUUCCACAUCCCGCAACAUUUUGUGGAUUACUAGAAAUGAGUAGCAUGUAUUUACCAAUUAAUGAUAAUUGGAUUAAAUUUCAAGAAAAAGCAGAAUCAUCAUAUACGGAAAAUAUAUUAAGACAAAAAAAAUUAUUGAUGCAAUUAGCUGAUCAAGCAUUAGCUAAAUAUUCUAAUAAUCAAGAGUAUAAAAAUGAUCCAUGGUUGUGGGAUUUGGAUUGGUCUAGACCCAAAGUCAAAUGUAAGACUGAAGUUGAUGAAAAGGUGUCUCGUCUUCCUAAAUGGUAUAGAGAUUUAAUUCCAAAACCAGUUAAAGAUAAUUUAGACGCUGGACCAGCUUUAUUGACUGCUCAAAUGCGUAUUGCUCCAAAACUAUUAAAACUCUGUUGGCAAGGUCUGCCAUUGCAUUAUGAUCGAGUGCUCAAAUGGGGUGUUCUCAUACCUGGACGUAUUCCACAACCCUACGGUGAUCCACGAUAUUACACUGAAUCAUUUAAAAAUACAGAAAAUACAGAAUGUAUUGAUUCUAAUGAUGCAGAAAAAUGUUCUACAAACUCGAAUGUUGUGUGUCAUUAUGAUUCAUUAAUUCGUCCAAUUAUAUCUGUUGUCAAAUCAACAGCUGCUGGUGAUGAAACGCUCGACUUUCCCUAUGGAGCUUAUUUAAAUUAUUGGUUAGCUGAUGUAAAACGUCGUCUGUUAGCAGAUUUUCAAUUAAACCAAUCUACAUCGUCAAGUGAUAACUUUUCAGAUAGUUUAGCAGUUGCUUAUUCUCAUCGUAUAAAACCAGAUAUUCGUGAUGCUAAUUUGUUAGAUGAAUUAAAACGUAGCAUUGAAGUUAUGCCGUUGGAAAAAGAGGAACGUCAACGACUGGCGUCUACAAUAAGUACUAUACGUAAAUUAGGUGAACAAAAACGAUUUCAAAUGGAUUCCAAAUUACAGGAAAUAAACAAUAAUAAUCACAAUGAAUUGAUUUAUGAGAAAGUGGGUGAAUUACAGGCUCAAGGUUCAGCUUUCUGGUUAAACUCCAAUCGUUUUGAUCACAAUUCUUCGAACUAUUCUUCAAAAUAUCGACGGCGUAAUACCGUCCGAUAUGCAGUCGACACUGUAAAUCCUGUUAUACCGACAUGUUGGUUUAAACAUCUUCCUCAUGAGUCAGGUACUGGACUUCCUGUCGGUUCACCACUUUCUCGUUCAUUUCAAAGUCAUAUUGCAUCUCAUCGUUUACACAGUGCAGAUUUUAAUCCUACUGAUACAAUUUCAGUGAAUACUGAAACAAUAAAAUUAAAGCCAGUUAUGGGGUUAGCUGAUCGUUUACUUCAUGAUCGUGUUCAUGCUACAUUUUGGCAAAGUUAUUCAAAACGUAUUAAAUCUCAAAUGGCUAUUUGGUUACCACAUGAUCGACUACCAAAAAAUGUUUUAAACGAUCAAUUCUAUAAUUGUAAAGCAAACUACGGAGCUAUUCUACCUCAAGUUAUAACCUGUGGUACAGUGUCUAGAAGAGCUGUUGAACCAUUAUGGUUAACUGCUAGUAAUGCUGAUGAAAAUCGAUUAGGAAGUGAAAUCAAAGCUAUGGUUCAAUCACCUCCUGGUUAUGUUUUUGUUGGGGCUGAUGUUGAUUCACAAGAAAUGUGGAUUGCUGCUUUAAUUGGUGAUGCAGGUGUUGGUUUCCAAGGCUCAACUCCAUAUGGUUGGAUGACACUACAAGGCAAUAAACUUGAUGGAACUGAUUUACAUACAAAAAUAGCUAAAGAAAUGGGUAUUAAACGAAGUGAAUCGAAGGUGUUGAAUUAUUCUAGACUAUAUGGUUCAGGCAUUGAAUUUGCAUCGCAUUUAUUAGCAAAAUUCUGCAAUAUUACUCCAGAACAAGCUAGUUUAAAAGCAAAGCAACUUUUUCAAAUUACUAAAGGACGCCGAACUAUUGUGGACUCUUCUUUGCCUUCCGGAGAUGGUACUUCAUUAUCAACGUCUAAAUGGCAAGGCGGAAGUGAGUCAGCUGUAUUCAAUCAAUUGGAAUCAAUUGCUCGUAGUCCAGAGCCUCGUACACCAUUUUUAAAUGCACAACUAACUCGUGCAUUGAAUCCGAAACUUGUUAAGGAUGAUUUUUUACCAAGUCGUGUAAAUUGGGUUGUACAAAGUUCUGCUGUUGAUUAUUUACAUUGUAUGCUUGUUUUAAUGCGUUGGCUUAUAAAUAAAUUUAAAAUUCCUGCACGUUUAUGUAUAAGUAUUCAUGAUGAAUUGCGAUAUAUUUGUCCAAAAUCACAUAUGUAUCAAGUUGCAUUAGCUUUGCAAAUUAGCAAUCUACUGACAAGGACAUUCUUCGCCUAUCAAUUAGGCAUGCGCGAUCUCCCGGAAUCAGUAGCAUUUUUCAGUUCAGUUGAAGUUGAUACCUGCAUUCGUAAAGAGGCCAAAGAUGAUUGUGUUACUCCAUCAAAUUCCGGUGGUUUGCAGAACGGUUAUGGAGUAUCUCCGGGUCAGUCGUUGACAAUGCAAGAUAUUCUUGACAGAACUGGAGGAUCUAUGAAGUUGUGAUAUAGAAUUAUAUUUUGAACUGUUGGAUUAUUUUUUACCCACUUCUGUAUAAUUUAUAGCGCCUGUUUGCAAAUACUAUCUUUGAUUUAAAAGAUUGAAGGUUUUUUAUGUGUCCAAUUUAGUCUUAUCGGUUAGAGCUAAUGUGUACAGUAUUCACACUUUUUGGAGUGAUUUGUUACAGUACAUACGCAUUCGUUUCAAUAAUCUAUGCGAGUAAGUGUUGAAAAAGUAGACCAUUUGUAAGUGGAGUUUUCAUAAGGAAGAUAAUAAAUUCAGGUAAUAGCAAACGAUAACCCUUAGUAUGUGAGGUGGAUUGUUAAGUCUUGCUGAUUGGACGCUAUAUUCGUUCCUAAGCUAUCCUGAUAACCCGCAUACUAGAACUAUACAGCGACGUGAACACCAGAAAGAAGACGCAAAGUAUGAGAGAGACACUUUACUCCAA